AUGACUACGUUCUGUCGAGUGUUGCUAAUAUUUGGUAUUUAUGUGGCAGUUAGUUGCGCGCAAUCAGUCGAAGACGACGUUUUUCAUUUUACGAACCCGUCGCAAGGCAACGCCGUCUGGAUACUAGACGAAUCUAGUUUACCAUGGACCGGUGGUUAUCAGUUUUUAAGGUCAAUCUCCGGAAUGCCAACCACAUUACUCUCGAUUGUUGAUAGUUCUACAGGUGUAACUUUAGGUCAAUGUGUUGCUCCACAAGAUGCCACCGGAAAUUUCUCGAAACGAUGGGAAAAGUUCAGCUGGGAGCUGACCGCUUCCGGGCUCGACUGCCAGUUUGAGCAAGGCGCCGCGACGCGUGUCGAGUUUGACCGUAGCCAGAAUCCACGCACGUUCUCGAUUCGUAUUCAAUCAAUCACUGGACCCGCUUGUCUUCGAGACGUUGUCGUGCAAACCGAACAAGCCACCGGAUGUCCACCACAUCUUUCGCGAAACUCGUUCACCGCCAACGCUCUCAACUGUUCGUGUCCCUAUUUGGAUGCGGCUAAUGAGGAUGGAGAGACUGAAAAUGAGGAUGUCGACAUGUUGGCCAACUCGCCUCAAUUCCCAUUGUUCAAGGUUGUCGAUCCAUCAGUUCUUGGAAGUGCCAACCCUCCAACUCUUCCACCAUCACCAUGUGCCAACCACGAGUGUCACAACAAUGGAACUUGCUUAGUGUCCCAAGAAGGCGCUGCCAUGUGUCUUUGCCGUAAUGGAUUUACCGGUGAUCGUUGCGAGUUGGAUGUGUGCUCUGCGGUGCCAUGCCAAAAUGGAGGAGUUUGUCGAUCGAAUAAUGGCAUUGCCUAUUGUGAAUGCCCACCAGCAUUUUCCGGACUGCUCUGUGAAUCGGCUCACACUGACGAAUCGGCAGCUCCAAUCUGUAAUCCAGAAUGCUCAAAUGGUCAAUGUGUGCUCAAGGAUGGUCAACCUCAAUGCGAGUGUCGUCAAGGCUUCACCGGCGCCAACUGCAACGUACUUGACGUGUGCCUCGGAGAUGCCGCCUGUUCGAUGUUCGGCCCAUCAGCCAAGUGCGUUCUCGAUGACAACAUGGAUAAAAUGUCCAGUGCUUCAUUGAUCAAUGGAACGUAUGAUUGUCUUUGCCCACAUCCAAUUCAUGGACAAUUUGUCGACUGCAUGCAACUUCAUGCACCAUCUGCUACAAGCGUUCAACCAUCCGAACCAGCCGUGGUCAUCAACAAUGUGACGCCAUCGUUCCCAGUGCUUGAGAUUUCACAAGUGCCAACAGGUGCUCCAAAAACAUUCACUGCAACUUCUACAACUUCAGUCGCUACUCAACCAGCUGUACCUGUUGUUCAGACAUUGCCAACUACUCAGCAAGUGCCAUCAGAGCCAUUUGUUGGUUUCACUGUUACACGCGAACCACUGCGACCAUUCGAAGCCACAACCACUACCACUCUCCCACCACCGUUCCAACAACACAUUAUCACUGCUGGAGAGCAACCAACAUGGAGCAGUCAACAGCCUCAACAACCAUCGGAGGUUCCAGUGCCAGCUCAAACCAUGACAACCUUCAUCUUCCCACAAACCCCUGAAACCACCACAUUCCCCCCAACAACAGGAGCUACAGUCCACAAAUUUGUGUCUCCAAACAUGCCAGAUGAGAAUGAAGAGGAGGAAGAGGAUGAGACGACGGAUGAGACAGAGGAAACGUUCCCAACUCCAAGCACUAUGCAAGUUGCCACCGAUUCCUCAAUCAGAUCCGAAUUCUUCACCUCCACCUUCCCAACAACUACAGAUAUGGAGGAGACAGAUGAGGAGGAAGAUAUGACCGAAGAAGUGACCGAUAGCUCCACUCAACCAUCUACUACAGUGUUCAUCCAACCAAGUAGUACAACUUUUACCACUGAGGCGCCAACUACGACAAUGGAAGAGGAGGAGACGACCGAGCAAGAAGAGAUCGAAUCAGAAGAAGCCAUAUCUACAACCACACAGACAAGUUUGCCAUUCUGGAUGACUACCAUAGCUAUCAAGAUGCCAGAUAUUGUUGCCAGUCCGACACCAAUGAUCAUUAUGCCACAUCCACAGCCAGAAGAAAAAAUGGAGACUAGCACGGAAGGAAUCGAGAGUGAGGAGGAGAGGACGACAGAAUCCAACGAAGAGAUUAUCCCGAAGAAUAUGGAACCAACUACACCGUCAGACAUCACACACCAUCACACAUCUAGUGGAAAGCAAUCAAGCGCUGUAGCCAGCUGGAUCAUUGCCACCAUCGCUUUGAUCGUACUCGGCUCACUGCUUCUUGCCACCAGCUUAUUCGUUCUCCGCUACAUUCGACAGUCGAGGAAACUACACGGAAAGUACAAUCCGGCUCGCGAGGAGCACAACCUAUCAGCCGCCUACGCGAUGCCCAUGUCCCAUAUUGCAAAGGAGGAGCGGUUGAUCUGA